AUGAUAUCAUUGCAACGUUCAUCAACCACCUUGCACAAGAAGGAUCUCUCUUCCAACCCUCGUGCUCUCCGUCGUCUACAGACCACUUGCAAGUGUGCCAAGCGUACCCUUUCAUUGACUGCUCCCCUCAGUCGUGCCCUUUUCGAGGAGCUGUGCAUGGACCUGUUCCGCAGCAUGCUCGAGCCUGUCGAGAAGAUCGACAAGGCUAACGUUCAUGAAAUCAUCCUUAUUGGUGGUUCCAUGUAUACCCCCCAUAUUGUCAAACUCGUGUCUGACUUCUUCAACGACAAGGAACCCAACAAGAGCAUCAACCCUGGCGAGGCCAUUGCAUACGGUGCUGCCGUUCAGGCUGCCAUUCUUUUCGGCGACACCUCCGAGAAGACCCAGGACCUCUUACUUCUUGAUGUCAUUCCUCUAUCGCUUGGUAUUGAGACUGCCAGUGGUGACAUGACCGCCCUCAUCAAAUGCAACACCACCGUCCCCACUGCGCCAUGUCUCACGACAGAAAGAGCUGAAGGAGAAAGACCUGCACAGCGCUGUGGGCGUCUGGGCAGUACAUCAGAUCAUAUCAGACUUGGCGCAGACGAGGACAAGCAGGACUAG